UUUUAGGUUAUCUUGAAAAAAUCGCCAUCCACAGCGGCUUUUGUUUUGAUUGUUGUUUUUACAUAAUUUGCAAGAGUUUAGUUUUAAUUUUAAUACAGUUAUAACAAACUAAUCGUCGUCGAGAUGGACGGUGAUUUGUACGACGAGUUCGGGAAUUACAUAGGGCCGGAUCUGGAUUCGGAUUCUGACGAUGACCAGAGCGUCUAUGAUAACCGUGAAGGUGAUGAGGAUGCCAUGGACGAUGAUGAAGACGCUGAUGCGGAACCGGAGGCUGCUCCCAUGUCGGUCGUGCUGCACGAGGACAAACGGUACUAUCCACAAGCUGUAGAAGUGUACGGUCCGGACGUAGAGACAGUAGUCCAGGAGGAAGACACCCAAGCGCUGGACAAGCCGCUGGUGGAGCCGGUGAAGCACAAGAAGUUCCAGAUGCAGCAGCAGGAGCUGCUGGAGACCACGUACGAUAUGGAGUACUUGGCCGAUAUGCUGGACAACACGAAUCUGAUGAGGAAUGUUACGCUUAUGGGGCAUCUGCAUAAUGGAAAAACUUCGUUCGUGGACUGUCUCAUCCGCCAAACCCACCCCAGCACCGUGAACAAUGAGACCACCAUCCCGAUGCGAUACACAGACACCCUGUUCGUCGAGCAGGAGCGCGGGGUGUCCAUAAAAGCCAUGCCAGUCACGCUCAUGCUUAAGAAUAUCAAGGGAAAGUCUCAUCUGCUGAAUAUCAUGGACACCCCGGGCCAUGUGAAUUUUAGCGAUGAAGUCACUUCUGCUUUGAGGAUAUCUGAUGGCGCGGUGCUCUUCGUGGACGCAGCCGAAGGCAUAAUGCUCAACACGGAGCGCCUCCUCCGUCACGCCGUGCAAGAGCGGGUGCCUCUCACGAUCUGCAUCAACAAGAUCGACCGUCUCAUGCUGGAGCUUAAACUACCGCCCGCUGACGCGUAUUACAAGCUGAGACAUAUUAUAGAUGAAUUGAACUCGUUGAUCGAAACAAAUCAGCCUCAAGACAACCCGGACGAGCCGGCUACAGUCUUCUCUCCUUUACUGGGCAACGUCUGCUUCGCGUCAUCGCUCUACGACGUAUGCUUCACACUGGAGUCCUUCGCGGCCAUGUACGCGGCCGCGCACCCCACCUCCGGCCUCCGUGCCGGCGACAUGGCCACGUGGCUAUGGGGCGACGUAUACUUCAACACGAAAACUAGAAGAUUUACGAAGAAACAGCCUCAUGCUUCCGCGCAGCGAAGCUUCGUCGAGUUCAUCCUUGAGCCACUUUACAAGAUCUUCGCUCAGGUGGUUGGUGACGUGGACGACACGCUGCCGGCCGUGCUGGCCGAGCUGGACAUCAAGCUGUCCAAGCAGGAGUCCAAGCUCAACGUGCGCCCGCUGCUGCGGCUCGUGUGCAGCCGCCUCUUCGGGGACUUCCGAGGUUUCGUAGAGAUGGUGGUCCGUCACGUGCCGUCUCCGCUCGACGCGGCCCCUCGCAAAGUGGCGCACACGUACCGCGGCGCCGAGGGCGCGCUGCUCGAGGACAUGCGCACCUGCGACCAGUCGGGCCGGCUCGUCGCGCACACCACCAAGAUGUAUCCCACCGACGACUGCAGCUUCUUCCUGGUUCUCGCGCGCAUAAUGUCGGGCACACUGUACGCGGGGCAGUCCGUGCGAGUGUUGGGAGAGAACUACAGCACACAGGACGAGGAAGACUCGAGGAUAAUGAACGUGGGGCGACUUUGGAUAUACGAAGCCAGAUACAAGGUGGAGUUAAAUCGCGUCCCUGCCGGCUGCUGGGCCCUGGUCGAAGGCAUCGACCAGCCCAUAGUGAAGACGUGCACUUUCGUCGGCGCCGACGAGACGGAGGAGCUACACACAUUCAGGCCGCUGCGGUUCGACACACAGGCGGUAGUCAAGAUAGCUGUGGAGCCCGUCAACCCUUCGGAGCUACCAAAAAUGUUGGACGGGUUGAGAAAGGUGAACAAAUCCUACCCCCUGCUAUCGACGCGAGUAGAAGAGAGCGGCGAACACGUGAUCCUGGGCACGGGCGAGCUGUACCUCGACUGCGUCAUGCACGACCUACGGGACAUGUAUUCGGAAAUAGACAUCAAAGUCGCGGACCCAGUAGUAUCCUUCUGCGAGACGGUAGUCGAGACAUCAUCUCUCAAGUGUUUCGCCGAGACUCCGAACAAACGCAACAAGCUGACCAUGAUAGCGGAGCCUUUAGAACGCGGGCUCGCCGAGGACAUCGAGGCGGGCGCCGUCUGCGUCACCUGGGACCGGAGGAAGCUGGGAGAGUUCUUCCAGAACAAGUACGACUGGGAUUUGCUGGCCGCCCGAUCGAUCUGGGCGUUCGGUCCAACAGCGACCGGCCCCAACAUUCUGGUCGACGACACGCUGCCCUCCGAGGUCGACAAGCAUCUACUGGCGUCAGUCAAAGAGAGCAUAGUGCAAGGUUUCCAAUGGGGCACACGAGAAGGCCCACUGUGCGAAGAGCCGAUCCGCAACGUGAAGUUCAAGAUUCUAGACGCCGUCAUAGCACAGGAGCCACUGCACAGAGGAGGAGGACAAAUCAUUCCCACAGCUAGAAGAGUGGCGUACUCAGCGUUCCUAAUGGCGACGCCGCGCCUCAUGGAGCCCUACCUGUUCGUGGAAGUGCAGGCUCCCGCUGACUGCGUCUCCGCCGUGUACACAGUGCUCGCCAAGCGGAGAGGUCACGUAACCCAAGACGCGCCAGUACCCGGUUCGCCCCUCUACACGAUCAAGGCGUUCGUACCGGCUAUAGACUCGUUCGGCUUCGAGACGGAUCUGCGGACGCACACGCAGGGCCAGGCCUUCUGUCUGCAAGUGUUCCACCACUGGCAGAUCGUGCCGGGAGACCCGCUCGACAAGAGCAUAGUCAUCAGGCCACUGGAGCCGCAGCCCGCCACGCACCUCGCGCGCGAGUUCAUGGUGAAGACGCGCCGCCGCAAGGGCCUCAGCGAAGACGUGUCCAUCAACAAAUUCUUCGACGACCCUAUGUUGCUCGAGCUGGCGCGGCAGGACGUGCAGUUUAAUUAGUUUAGUUUACUUGUCAAUAAAUGUGAGAAAAUUA